AUGACGUCCGAAGCGCCAGUCGACUACGCCAGUGUUCCCGCGGUAGGCAUUCUGCGGGAUUAUCUCCGAAUACGGAGCGUUCACCCCAAUGUGGAUUACGAUGAAUGCUUGAACUUUCUAAAACGCCAGGCGGCGGAGAUCGGCCUACCCGUGCAGGUGUUCGAGGUGGUCCCCAAGAAGCCAGUCCUGGUGAUGAGCUGGGAAGGUCUGCAGCCGGAGCUGCCGAGUGUACUUCUCAACUCGCAUAUGGACGUGGUGCCAGUGUUUGAGAAAAGCUGGAAACAUCCACCGUUCGAAGCAGAGCUGGUUGACGGGACCUUGUACGGGCGCGGGGUGCAGGACAUGAAAUCCGUUGCCAUACAGUACCUGGAGGCUGUUAAGAGGCUGAAGAAUAAGGGCAUCCGUCUUAAAAGGACGUUGCAUCUGAGUUUCGUACCAGACGAAGAAGUAGGCGGUGCCAAGGGAAUGGGGGAGUUCGUCAAAACUGAACAUUUCAAGAGGCUGAAGGUGGACUUUGCUCUAGACGAAGGUAUUGCAUGCGCCACAGACGAGUACCAGGUCUACAACGGCGAACGGAGUAUUUGGCACAUCAACGUGGUAUGCCCUGGGAAGUCGGGUCAUGGUUCCCUAUUGCUCCCGGACAACUGUGGUGUGAAGGGUGGAAUUCAAGAAAAUAUUGUGCCAGAAAAAAUCACUGUUAGUUUCGACAUUCGGUUAGCACUCUCCGAGAAUGUAGAGAAGUUCGAGGAAACAAUAAAGCAAUGGUGUAAGGAGGCCGGUGCAGGGGUGUCCUAUAACUUCAGCCAGAAGGACGUAUACGUGCCUCCGACACCGGUUGAUGCCUCCAACCCUUACUGGGUCGCAUUCAAAGCCGCGGCGGAUAAACUAGGCAUCAGCCUGGCGGCGCGCACGUUCCCGGGUGGGACGGACAGCCGGUACGUGCGCGCGGCCGGCGCGAAGGCCCUCGGCUUCACACCGGUCAACCGGACGGCGUCCGCACUUCACGAGCACGACGAGAGCCUGCCCGUCGAGCAGUUCCUGAGGGGCAUUGAGAUUUACGAGUCGAUCCUGCCCGCAGUCGCCAACGCU